AUGAUAUCACCUUCGCUAUUGGGAGCUCACUGUAGCCCUGGCCCUGCAGCCAGCCAGGCCAGCAGCGAUAUCUCCAGGAACACCUCGGUGAUCCCUGGAUCGUCAGAUCGCAAAACUGCACUAGCACAGCAACGUGACGAGGAGAUAGAAGAGUCUAUACUGGCGGAGGACUCCCAAAUGAAGUGCCCCAGGACGGCCCUGGUCAACAAUACCCCUGGCGCUAUUAACACUAUAGCUGGUGGUUCGGACGGCACCAUCGAAAAGCAAUUGUUAAAGGCAGGCCAAGUGAAGCGCUUUAUAAAGCCAGCUACAAGCCUGGAGUCUGUCGUGGACGAUACCGGUUAUUCGUUCCAGGCAGCACCCUCUUUCAGUCGGGACCAGUUCUCUGGACCAAAGGCUAAACCAUACGUUCCCACAGCCCAAGAUGGACGCCAGCCGGAAAGGAACAACUUUGCGGCUCAAAACCCGGGAGUUGAUUCCAUUGUAUCUAAUCCACAGACCAUGGGUGUCGACGAAACAGCGCGGUUAACCACUGAGCCUGCUGCUGGCCAGCCUGCAUCAGUAUCAAUAAAGAAUAAGGUAGAACACCUACCCUCCGACUCGUCCACGCGGCUACAGUCACUGAAACCCCCCAAAUGUAUCAAUAAGGCCCCUGAGCCACGCGAGGAAGCCCCCGCUCCUGGUGUUUCACGAUACUUCUCGGAUUACGGCAGUUCAGAAGCGCAGAGUGCGUCUCAGCCUCCAAGGGGUCCCGGGUUACGACCCAAGAGCACAGAGGAUCAUGAUCGCCAUCUCAGCUUCAGCACUGGCUCCCCUGGCCAGCACACUGAUCAGUGUUCGAAAGUUCGAAGUAUCCAUAGGGAGGAGUGUCGUCAUAGUAUCGAACAGCAGACGCCAUCGUUACCAGAGACCCAUAGCAGGUGCCUCGAACUAGCCACGACUUCGUCAAAGUGCAGAAACUCGGAUGCCAGUACAGAACAUCAUGAUCGGCUGUUUUUCCAAGGGCGAGUUGACCACAGUCCGCGUGGCCACAAUCCAGAUGCUCUGCUGCAUCCUCCUCCGAGCCGGAUGCGAUUUCCACUGAAUUGUCAAGUUACACCAGCCCCCCAAGAGGCUGCUAUGGCAGAUUUGGCGAUGCCUAGUGCACGAAAAACGAAGAACGUUGACCAUGAAAGCCGCCGUUCGGGUCAUGCACAACAAACAAGUCGCUCUGUGUGUUUGGCCAAGCCUUCGAGUCCAUCGGCCUAUUCCGCGAUGUCAAGAGACUCCAACACUUCGAGACGUCGAGAUUCAGCAGUUGAAAAGAAUAAGUACCGCUCAGACAGCCGAGCCGAAAUGCAGAAGACGUUUUCCGAGUGGACUGCUAGACUUGAGGACUCCGAGAGGAAAGAGAAGAAGCUAAGUGCUAAGUUGCAGCUGCAAGCCGCCCUGAUGACCGAGAAGUGCGAUACUAUUGAGUGUAAAGAGGCCGAGGUCGCAGCGUUGAGAGAGAGAAUAGAGGUUGGGAAACGCCAGUUAAUCAAAUGCGGGCGUGAGAGGGAUACUAUCGCUACAGAUUACGACAAACUCCAUACUGAUAUUCAGGACCUCCAACAGAAAUACAAGCAGGUUCAAGCCGAGGUGAAAGAGAUGCAAUGUAAAAAUACUCAGGCAGAUGAGGAGGUUCAAAGGUUGAUGAACGAAAUUGAGGAACACAAAAGCAGGUAUGGCAAAAUGUCAACGCGACUCGCAGACUACAAAAUGCGCUUCAACGAGGCUCUUGACGAGCAGCAAAGGUUCUACAGACAUCAAAAAGCCUUUGUUGACCGAGCGAUCCUGGAUGCUGCAGAAAUGGAACGGAAAAAUCAUGACGAGAGCGAACGAGCCAUUGCUAGAGGGGAGCUGGUGCGCGACGAUCUCUCCAAGGCUCUUGAAGCUUGUCGCGCAUUUUCACGGAGAGAAUCUGAUACAGUCAAUGCCACGCUCAGAGAUAUCGAGGCAAAGCUACAAGAUACUCAGCAGCAGCUUUUGCAAGAAGUGGAGAGAUCAAAUAUCUUGGAAAGUCAGCUCGACGACCAAAAUCAACACGACAAGUUAUCGAGAAGUUUUCGAGCGGGGAUGGAACAGAUCCUGGCGCAGAUAGCGGGUGACAAAGAACUCACAAAGGCCGAAGAAUCUGAGCUCCGGCGCCGGGAUGAGAUGAUCAACGGCCUCACAGCGGCGCUCAAGGGGCAUUUCGAUGAGCUUGAAGCUGCGCUGCGCACGACCAACACCAGUCAGAUGGACUUACGACAUUCAAUGACCCAAGUUCAAGAGAGCAUCCAGAAUCAACUCACUACGCAGUUGGAAGGACACUGCUCUCGCGAAGCAGAUAUGCGCCAGGAGCUUAUUGAGAUGGCUGAAGAGAAGACUCAAUGUGCGACGCUUCUUGAUGUUCGAUACCGUCAACUAAAAGAUGUUGAGGUUUCACAUGAAAAGAAAACGGAAGAAGCCCAAGGCCUGCGCCUUCAGAUCGCGAGCCUCGAAAGUACUUCAAACCAGGAAGCGACUCUGGCGAACGAUAUUGUAGAGCUUCGACAGGCAUUGUCUAAUAAGGACGCCCAGAGCACCAUCCUGCAGCAGCAAAUUCAAGAUCUCAAUGUCACUCACCAGAACGAAAUUGCGCUUUUGAAAAAGAAUAUGGAGCUUGAAAUCUCUGGGCUGCACGAAGAGGCUAACUUCAAGACAUUGAAGAUCUGCGACAUGGAGAGCCAAUUGCGAGACCAGACUGAAAGGCGCCAAAAAGACACUGGAGACAUCAAAGAGCGCCUUACGAGCAUCUAUGAGAGUUUGAAGCAGAAAAGGGAGGAGCCUCUUCGUUCGGUUGUCAGUGACACUAUUGAUGCCGCGAUACAGACGGAGUGUCACGGGACAACAAAUAGCCGACGCGACGUUGUUUUCGAGGAUACUCUUAUCGUGCGUAGUGAAGUCCGAAAGGAACCGGACGAGUCUCCCAGACAUGUUCCUAUCCUAGAGCAAGAUACAACAGCCGAGACAGCUAGAUUACGGAGAGAUCUGGUUGACGCCGAGCAGCGAAUUGCCAAUCUAACUCAUAGGCUAAAGAGUCCAAGCCAGUCUCCCAUGGAUGAUGACGCUCUCAACAGGCUCAAGCAAACCGACAAGGAGCUCCUGGUGGCCAAGCAACAGUUGAGAAACUAG